AUGACGACGCAGCGCGCCCCCGCUUCCCUCCGCCGCCGGCGCAACAUCGGCAUCAUUUCGCACAUCGACGCGGGCAAGACCACCGUGACGGAGCGCAUCCUCUAUUACACGGGCCUGACGCACAAGCUCGGCGAGGUGCAUGACGGGCAGGCGGUGAUGGAUUGGAUGCAGCAGGAGCGCGAACGCGGCAUCACGAUCAGCGCCGCGGCGACGACGUGCGACUGGCAGCGGCACCAGAUCACCAUUAUCGACACGCCCGGGCACGUGGACUUCACCAUCGAGGUGGAGCGCUCGCUGCGCGUUCUGGAUGGGGCGGUGGCGAUCUUCGCGGCGGUGGAAGGGGUGCAGCCGCAAUCCGAAUCGGUGUGGCACCAGGCGAACCGCUACCGGGUGCCGCGCCUGGCGUUCAUCAACAAGAUGGACCGGCUGGGAGCGGACCACGAGCGCGUGCUGCAGGACAUCCGGGACACCCUGGGCGCCUCGCCACUGCUGCUGCAACUGCCCCUGGGAACGGAAGAGCACUUUCAGGGGAUCAUCGACCUGAUCGACAUGCAGUGCGUGAGCUGGCGCGCCGACGAUGCCGGGAUGACGCCGGAGACAGGCGCCAUUCCACCGGAGUUUGAGGAGGCGGCGCAGGCGCAGCGGGCCGCCUUGCUGGAAACGGUGGCCGAGCACGAUGACGACUUGCUGGAACGGUACUUGGCCGGUGAGCCGCUGGACGCCGAGGCGAUUCGCAGCGCGGUGCGCAAGAGCACCCUGUCCGGCGCCCUCGUGCCGGUGCUGCUGGGCUCCGGCCUGCACAACAAGGGCAUCCAGCCGCUUCUGGACGCCAUCGUGUGGUAUCUGCCGUCGCCCGUUGACGUGCCGUCGAUUACCGGUGUCGAGCCGACCGAGGAAACCGCCGCCGAACGCCAUAACGACCCGAGCGAGCCGCUGGCGGCGCUUGCCUUCAAGGUGGCGCUGGACCAGGGCCGCCGCCUCACCUAUCUCCGUCUCUACGCCGGCUGCCUUGAGGCCGGCACCCAGAUCUACAAUCCCAGAACCGGCGCGAAUGAGCGGGUGGCGCGCCUGUUGCGCAUGCACGCGAACAAGCGCCAGCGCCUGGACCGGGCGCAGGCCGGGGACAUCGUGGCCGCUACCGGGUUGAAGGACGCGACGACCGGCGACACCCUGUGCGACCCCGCGCAUCCCAUCCGCUUCGAGGCCAUCGCCUACCCGGAACCGGUGAUCAAUCUGGCCGUGGAACCGAUGACCAACGCCGAGCAGGACAAGUUGCAGUCCGCCCUUGAAAAGCUUGCCGCUGAGGACCCGACGCUGCAGGUGCAAUUUGAUGAGGAGCGGGGGCACACCAUAUUGUCGGGCAUGGGCGAGCUGCACCUCGAGGUGCUUAUCCGUCGCCUGGCCGAUGAGUUUAAGUUGGCCGUCAACGUGGGGAAACCGCAGGUCGUCUAUCGCGAGACUAUUCAGGGUGAGGCGGAAUGCUCGGAGACUUUUGACCGGGAGAUUGCCGGCAAGCGUCAGGUUGCCGAGGUUACGUUAGCCGUCGCGCCCGCUGCUUCCGGCGCCGGCCUUGAAUUUGCCGGUACGCCGCCGGAAGACGCCGAGGCGCCAGCGGACAUGAUUGACGCCGUGCGGCAGGGCGUUCUGGAUGCCGCGUCGUCGGGGGUGAUGCAAGGCUAUCCGGUGGUUGACGUGCGUGUUGAACCGCGCCGCUUGCUCUGCCGGGACGACAGCACCCCGCUGGCCUUUCAGGUCGCCGCCGGGCAAGCCUUUCACCGCGCCCUGGAAGCGGCGCAGCCUGUUCUGCUCGAACCGGUGAUGAGCCUCGAAAUCCUGGUGCCCGAGGCGUUUGUCGGCAGCGUCAUCAGCGGGUUGCAGAGUCGCCGCGGCGUUGUUGAAGGCAUCGAAAGCCAGGGCCUUCAGCACGUGCUGCGCGCGCGCGUUCCGCUUGCCGAAACCUUCGGCUACAUGACGGAUCUGCGUUCCGCCAGCCAAGGGCGCGGCACCUUCAGCAUGCAGUUUGCGCACUACGCGCCGGCGCCGUAG